CAUAUUUCUUGAAAGUAUUACACAUUACCUUAGUGUAGCGUCGUCUCUAUAUGACCGGAGUAGUCAAAAUCUGGCUUCCAGCUUGACACACGAUUUAAUGAAAAAUUAUAAAUUCUGUGUGGAAAGACAAGCUAUGGUUGAAUUUUAGGACAAAAAACCAAGAAGAAAAAUGUUUAGCUUUCAUAAACCCAAGGUAUACCGUUCAAGCAAAGGCUGCUGCAUUUGCAAAGCUAAAUCAAGCAGUUCAAGGUUCACGGACAGCAAAAAAUAUGAAGAGGAUUUUAUAAAAUGUUUUGUACUAGAGGAACGACGAACAGGAGAGAUAUGUAACGCUUGCGUACUUUUGGUUAAAAGAUGGAAAAAGUUACCAGUUGGAACCGAUCGCAAUUGGAAUCAUGUUGUAGAUGCACGUGCUGGGCCGGGAAUAAAAUCUUUAACAAAAUUUAAAUCUAAAAAGAAAAAAUUAAAAGAUGUUCAUGAGAAGCUGGAAAAAAUUGUAAAAAAGAAACAUGUUUACCAAAAGCGAGACAGAGAAGAUAGUCCUGCUAUGAGUGAUGAUUUUACUGAAGAGGAUUGUUCUGGAAGCAAUAGCAGAGCAGGAAGUCCUGAAGAAAAUUGUGAUACAGAAGCAAAACUACUUACUUUGGCUUUAACUUAUUUUAAACAAGAGAUGAUUUGUUGUGGAAUGGUAUUCAAGGGUCGUAAUGGUGAAGUAAUGAUGGAUGGAACUUUGGUGAAACCUUGUUCAGGGAGUGUUUCAAAAAGACAACAGCAGCAGCAGCAACAACAACAACAACAACAACAACAACAGCAACAACAACAACAGAUCACUAUUAUUAAUCCAUCUUCAGCAUCAACAAGUCCCUCACAUAGUUCAGCGUCAACCAGUCCUGCUUACAGCGUGGAAUCUGCCGUUGAAUCAGCUAUUUCAAAAUUAACGAAACCAAUGAUAAAUAAUCGAUUUUACGAAUCUUCUUCGGAUUCAGGAUAUGAUGAGUCUUCCAACCAAGGUGAGAGUAAAUUAGCUAAAAUAAUUCAAAAUUCCUCUUCAGGAUCUCCAAAAAGUGUGACGCUUAAAACAAUAUCUGAUGCUGUUCGAAUAACAACAAAAGAAGUGCCAAUAAAAAUAAUUCCAAUGAAGCCAAUAUCUCUUAGUACUAAUCUUACUUUGAGUAAUCUCUCAUUAAACGAUGGUACUUUGAUUUCAUCUAAUCCACUCGUAGAUUUCGCUAUUCAUGCCUCUUCCAGGCAACCUGUCACUAAUAAUUAAUGUCAGUCACUCGUAGAAUUUUAAUUUAUUGUUUCUCAUAUAGAUAGGUUAGGUAUUCUUAAACUCAAAUUUCGAGAGCUACGAAUGGGUUGAAAUGUUUUUUUUAUUUUCUCUUUUUUGCUCACACAACAUCCUCUACUACUUGACUCAUUCUGAUAAUAAAUUCCAUAUACUUGAUUUUUUAAAGAAAUUCGUUAUUAAUUUGUCUAAUUUUUUCAAGAAAUAGUUACAACAUCCCAUUCACAGCUUUUGUUUUCUGGGUAUUAGUAACAAUAUAAAAGAACACUUAGCAUACUAGAUAAUUCUUGUAUAGUUAUUCCAAGAUGCCAAUUAACUUUUUAAUAUUGGGUCCAAAAGAUUAAGGAAACACAUACAUUUAAAAAUAUUCUUCAAAGCUUCAUUUAUAAUUAUAUUACAUCACAAAGCAAUAAUUUCGUUUUAGAAUCGAAAAAACACUUUCAUAUCAAAAUUUCAUUUCAAAU